AUGAGUGACCAACACAUGGAAAAGGCUCAUAAGGAGAAAACACCACCAAGGGAUCUCUCCGAGGGUGCAAUCGAACAGGAUGAAAUGCAGGCACUGUUGCUCGAUUUGGUCAGAGUGGAUGAAGUGGAGAUGGUCGAGCGCCUCCUGCCGCGCGUUGACGAUCUCUAUCGAUUUUCGUCUCUCAUAGGUAAGACGGUAGGCGAACUGGGUUCCUUGCCAAUGGCGCAGAUGAUCACGCGGGUCUGCAAGGAGGGGGCGAAGCACAGGGCUGUGGAUCAAUUCUAUCACGGAGCUAUAAAGGCCGGUAACGUCGAGUUUAUUGAUUGGCUUAUCAGUUCAAAUCAGAUACCGGAAUAUAGAGAUGAGGCGGCAUCUAUUACUGCUGCCUUCGUGAAGAGCGAUUCUGAGGACCUGUGGAGACUCUGCGAGCAGUUCAUGGCAGCUCUCUCGCGCGCUGACGAUAUAGACCGAAGGAUGUCUGAUGUCUGUUUUGAGGAGCCGGCCAUAAAUGCCACCUGCAGGAUCGCGAAAAGAGAAAACAUGUUAAUUUCCCUGUGGGAAUCCGUUGGAGCAAUUAAGAAGCCCAAGGCUGCUAAGCUUUCAUAUGCCUUAGGAGUUGUUGCAAGAACGACUUGCUCAAUUCCACUCGGGAGGGCUCUUCUCCAACACGGAGCUAAUAUCAAUGGACAGAAGGGUAAAUUAGCGGUUUCGCCCCUUCAUUUUGCGGCGCGGAAGUCGUCGGUUGAAAAUGCAGAGUUCAUGAGAUUCCUCCUCUUUGCCGGCGCCGAUCCGGAACGGGUUUCGCGCUCGCGAAGACCUUCCGAUGAGAUAGGCGCCAAGGAGAUUGUCCGGUGGCUUGGGAUGACAUGGAAUGAACUCGUCGAGCAGACGAGAGAUUGUAGAAGGAGCACCCCCACUACCCCUCCAGAUCCUUCAGUAAAGCCAGGGCCUUGGCGACCUGCCUAG